CUCUCACUUCAACAGAGGAAGAAGCUCAGACGUCACACUGAGAUACAACCAGCAGUAGCUGCUUCACCACUAAUCACACAUUAAAACAACUAGCUACUACAAGCUAACCUAGCCUGCUACAUGGUUCGCCUUUGAUUGUACAUCCGGAUCUGUCAAUCUGCAAGAAACAGACGUCAGGUUUAUAGACAGUGAAAAGCGGCUACUAAAAUUACUGCCAUAAACUGCUACCGUGGCCUCUUCUUGCAUCCAGCUGGCAGGCUAUUUUGGCUAGCUAGCAAAGCCAGCGAUAGCAAACUCUGCCUUGGCUAGCGAAAAGCUAGCCAGCUAGCUAGCUAGCUACUCACAUCGCUAACAGUAGUUAGCUAGCUAGCGAGCUAUAGUAACUUGCGUCAUGGAUGAACUAGUCGUGGAAGUGAGAGGAACAAGUGGGGCCUUUUAUAAGGCCUUUGUGAAGGAUGUUCACGAUGGAUCCGUUACUGUGGCUUUUGAAAAUAACUGGCAGCCGGAACGUCAGAUCCCAUUCCAGGAUGUACGUUUUCCUCCUCCAACAGGGUUCUGCAAGGAGAUAAAUGAGAGCGAUGAAGUCGAGGUAUAUUCCAGGGCUAAUGACAAGGAGCCUUGUGGCUGGUGGCUGGCCAAGGUCCGCAUGGUCAAAGGAGAGUUUUACGUUAUAGAGUACGCCGCAUGCGAUGCUACGUUAAAUGAGAUAGUGACCCUGGAGCGGUUAAGGCCAGUCAACCCAAAUAAAGCAGCCACUAAAAACACCUUCAUCAAAAUCAGGCUGGAUGUACCGGAGGAUUUACGGCAGAUGUGCUCCAAGGAGUCAGCGCACAAAGACUUUAAAAAGGCAGUGGGAGCAUUCAGUGUCACCUACGACUCAGAGAAGAAACAGCUGGUCAUCUUGUCAGUGAAUGAGGUCACAACAAAGAGGGCCAACAUGAUGAGCGACAUGCACUUCAGGAGCCUGCGCACCAAACUGUCUCUUAUGCUGAGGAACGAAGAGGCCAGCAGACAACUGGAGAGUUCCAGACAGCUUGCAUCUCGCUUCCACGAGCAAUUUGCUGUUCGGGAUGAUUUAAUGGGUCUGGCUAUUGGAACGCACGGGGCCAAUAUUCAGCAAGCUCGUAAAGUCCCUGGAGUCACUAACAUAGACCUGGACGAAGAGACAUGCACCUUCCACAUAUAUGGAGAGGACCAGGAUGCCGUUCGUUUAGCCAGGAGUUUCCUGGAGUUUUCUGAAGAUGUCAUCAAAGUUCCUCGAAACUUAGUAGGGAAGGUGAUCGGCAAGAACGGGAAACUGAUCCAGGAAGUGGUUGAUAAGUCUGGUGUGGUGCGGGUUCGCAUUGAGCCAGAGAAUGACAAAAAGCCCUCUGCAGCAGCAGCAGCAGCGGCAGAUGAGGGCAUGGUGCCAUUUGUAUUUGUGGGUACAAAGGAAAGCAUCUCCAACGCUACAGUUCUGCUGGACUAUCACCUCAACUACCUUAAGGAGGUGGAUCAGCUUCGUCUGGAGCGUCUUCAGAUUGAUGAGCAGCUGAGACAAAUAGGAGGGGGAGGUGUUGGAGGAGGAACGGGACCGCGAAAUCCCAAAGACAAGACCUAUGUGUUUGAUAACGGCAUGGGGCUUGGGAUGGGCAGAGGAGCAGGAGGAGGCGGAGGAGGGAAGCCCUAUGUAGGAGGUGGAAGAGGUGGCAGAGGGCGAAGAGGAGGAGGUGCUGCCUUUGCCUCAGGCACCAACUCUGAGGCAUCCAACGCUUCUGAAACUGAAUCAGACCACAGAGACGAGCUCAGCGAUUGGUCACUGGCCCCCACAGAGGACCUAGACAGGAGAGGGACCCUGCCCAGACGGACAGAUGGGAGGAAGAGAGCAGGACGGGGACCGCGAGGACGAGGGGGAAGAGGAAGAGGAGGAUAUAAAGGUGAUGACAUGCAGUGGGGAGAACCGAGACCUCGUCAUAUCAGAGACCCUAAGUCCAGAGCACCAGAAGACACCCUACAGAUCCGUGUAGAUGGGAACAAUGAGCGUAGCGUGCAGACCUCCUCUGCAGCCAGAGGAGGAGGAGGAGGACCUUCCUCAUCCCAGGGCGGAGUCACUGGUGGUGAGGGUCCUCCGCCAUCACCACCGACCCAUCAGAGAAAGAGGGAUGAAGAAGGACAAACAGGACGCUCCUCCGCUGGUGGAACGGAGUCCUCGUAGAUCCGCUCCUGGAGGACCCUCUCACACUGCCAUAAACACACAUGAAACACACAUCCACAGGCAACUGGUCAUGCUUCAUUAUAGUCUCAGUUUCUUGCUUUUUCUUUCUCCUUUUGUCAAACACAU